AAGUAAUCACAAUUAUACGAGUGUGAUAUUUCUUGAAUAGACAAAACAUAGAGGUGGUAAAAUAAAGAGUUGAUUUAUACUAGUAUAUUAUAUUUAUAAGUUUUUAAAAGAUAUUUCCCUUUCGCAUUUUUUGUUUGGUAUUAGUUAAAGAGUUAUUCCAUCUUCGCCUACCCAUCCAUUUUCUUCAGGGACACUGGUUUUCAUCUCUUCCUUCCCCAUCGCUUUCAUCCUCUCAAACCUCCAUUUUCCCACCAGAUCAAAAAUCAAAUCGCUUCUGAAUCGUCCUCAGGCAUCCACUACAAUUAAAUCGACAUAAAAAGGGGAUCAUUUCUUCGUGGGCAUCGUUUGAUUUGGUUAUUCCCCAAUUUGUUAGGGUUUUUCUGAGUUAUCGAAGCCUCAAUCAAUAAAUCCUUGUUGGGUCACCUUUGUUCUACGAUAAAGAUCAUCGGACGACGUGUUUUUGGUUUUGGUUUGAGUUUGGGUUUCGGCUCCGUUUUGGUAUCUCCAUUACGACUAAAAAGAGAUCCAAAAUCAAUCUUUUUUAUUUCUCAGUUCGUCGAAAAUCAUCGCAUUCUUGAUUCGGUUUAUUGAUUUUUUUGGUAAGAUUGAAGGAGUUGUAACUUAGGGUUUUACACAAGAUGUUGGGAGCUGGAUUGCAGUUUGGAAGGAGUCGUGGCGGAGAGGAUAGGUUUUACAAUCCGGCGAAAGCAAGAAGGAAUCGUCAAAACCAGGAUAAUCUCCGUCGAGCUCAAAGUGACGUCACUCCAACCCAAUCCACGGCGUCGUCCGGCACCGAGGAGCCUGAUAACCGAGCUGUAAAGCCAUCGAAGCCGAUACCAUUAGAACCUCCGAUGCUUUCAUCGUUGUGUAACCUGGAACGGUUUUUGGAAUCGAUUACACCUUUUGUUCCUGCUCAGUAUCCCUCCAAGAGAGAUGUGAGAGGGUGGAGGACACAAGACGAAUGUCAACCAUACUUUGUUCUUGGUGAUUUGUGGGAAUCUUUUAAGGAAUGGAGUGCUUAUGGCGCUGGAGUUCCUUUGAUAUUGAAUGACAGUGAUAGUGUGGUCCAAUACUACGUGCCUUAUUUGUCUGGAAUUCAAUUAUACAGCGACCCUUUGAAAUCUUCAACAAAAUCAAGGCAACAACACAUUGAGGAAAGUGAUGUUGAAUCUUUUAGGGAUUCAAGUAGUGAUGUAAGUAGUGAUUAUGAACAACUCGAAAGAGGGUCUCUCCCAAAAAAUGAAAUUUCUGAAUUAUCAUUAAAUUAUCAACAAAAUCUUGCACUUCAAGAAGGUUUUUCUAGUGAUGAUAAUGAAUCUCCAACACCUCAAAAUCGCCUCUCCUUUGAAUACCUUGAACGCAAUCAACCAUGGGGUCGUGAGCCUUUGACCGAUAAGAUUCUUGAUCUUGCACGUAAAUUCCCCGAAUUAAAAAACAUGAAAAGUUGCGAUUUGUUACCUUCUAGUUGGUUAUCGGUUGCAUGGUACCCAAUUUAUAGAAUUCCAAUGGGGCCCACAUUGAAAGAUCUCGAUGCUUGUUUUCUAACUUUUCAUAAUCUCCAUACACCCAUGGCAGGAAACGAGUGUGGGGAAACAGAUGGUUUUCCCAAAAUGUCCCUACCAGUGUUUGGUUUAGCUUCUUACAAGUUAAAAGCACCAUUGUGGAUCAACAAUGAACAGCUGUUAUUGACUUCUCUUUUACAGAAAGCUGACACGUGGCUAGCUAGCCUUCAUGUCAAUCACCCAGAUUUUCUUUUCUUUUCCCGUAGAUGAUAAUGAUGAUGAUGAUGAUGAUGAUGAUGGUGUUAUUUACAAAUCUGCCAUAACUCUUGAUUAGUGUGUUUGUUGUGACUCUGCAAUAUGAG